AUGAGCUCUUAUGGUAGUCUCUGCUUCAUAGAAACAUAGUAGUACUUUAUGAGAAGGACACCUUUUUACUUUCACAAAUUCACACUAUACAAAAGAUAGGACUUCCUUCUUUAGGACUUCCUCAUCUAGGAUGCUUUCUGAAUCUUACAUAGAAUAAUCAAAGUAAAAUCUAGUGUAUCCUCAAAGCAAAAUCUUCAUACUUUGCUGCAAAGAUAACUUCAAGGAUCUUAUAUGACUUCUCCAUUUAUAUCAAAUCCUAUGUUUUAUACUAUAGUUUGUAGAAUAUUCUUUCCAAUAAUAAACUUGGACUACCCCUAAUUUGUCACACAAGCAAGGUCUACAUAAGUUAUUAGUUUCUACAUGUUUUUAUUAUCCUUGUUAAAAAUAUCAAAAUAAUUGAAAGAAAGGAAUUUCUUUUUCUUGAGGCCAUCUAAAAUCACAAAAAAUAAAUAAAAAUAAUAGUCUAAAUCUACAAACUUGAUCUUGCAGCUAGUACAUGCAGCAAAGCAACUUAGGACAUAGGUUUUCCAUUGUUGGAUUUUUUUAAAAUUCUCAAAUUCUCAAAUUCUCAACCUUUAUAAUUUCUUAAACCCUCAUAACCACCAUAUUCUUAUAUUAGACCUUGCCUCUACUUUCCUUCCCCUAGUGCCCAAAAAAGAAGAUCUUAUGAUGCUAAACAAAAUAUUGUUGUUUUCUACUUUGAUCAUAUUUUUGCUAUUUCCUUCUAUAGUUUCUUCCACUUUCACAAUAACCAACAACUGCCCUUUUACAAUAUGGCCAGGGACAUUAUCUGGGUCGGGCACGCCCCCGCUUUCUAGCACCGGGUUCCAGCUAGAUACCGGGAAGACUAUGAGACUCGAGGCGAGUCCAGGUUGGUCGGGCAGGAUAUGGGCUAGGACAGGCUGCCGAUUUGAUCAGACGGGCGCAGGGAAAUGUCUAACAGGGGACUGUGGGGGGAAGUUGGAAUGUGAUGGGAGUGGAGCAACACCACCAGCUUCUCUGUUUGAGAUCACAUUAGGCCAAGGCAAUAAUAAGGAUUUCUAUGAUGUUAGCAUUGUGGAUGGUUAUAAUCUCCCUCUUGUUGCGUGGCCUACUGGGGUUAAUGGUGCUGCUUGCAAUGCAACAGGAUGUAUUUCUGACAUCAAUAUGGGAUGUCCAAAGGAGCUACAAGUGGUGGGUGGAGAUGGAGGGGAGGCUGGAGGAGUCAUUGCAUGUAAAAGCGCAUGUGAGGCAUUUGGAUCAGACCAAUACUGCUGUAGCGGACAGUUUGCUAACCCAACGACAUGCCGACCAUCAUAUUACGCGCAUGUCUUCAAGAGAGCCUGUCCAAGAGCAUAUAGCUACGCCUUUGAUGACGGCACAAGCACAUUCACAUGCAAGGCUUACAAUUAUGCCGUAGUUUUUUGUCCCAAAUCCGCUGCUAUGACAAAUAAACCAAACGGUGGCACUGCUAUGUCACCACCAAGUGUCCCAUACACUUCACCACCAGCCGGCUAUGGUGCACCGCCGAGUGUCAUAUACAAUUCACCACCAGUCGGCUAUGGUGCACCACCGAGUGUCAUAUACAAUUCACCACCAGUUGGCUAUAGUGCACCGCCGAGUGUAACUUACAAUUCACCACCAGUUGGAUAUGGUGCACCGCCGAGUGUCAUUGACAAUUCACCACCAGUUGGAUAUGGUGCACCGCCGAGUGUCAUUGACAAUUCACCACCAAGUUUCACCUACAGUUCACCAACAAUUGGCUAUAAUACACCACCAAGCUCCAGUUAUGUUUCACCACCAACGACCAAACACAGUUUUGGGGCAUCUAAGGGGGAGGUCUCCAACUCAAACACCAUCCUACCAUACGCUGUGUACAUACUUCUGGCCUUCAGUUUGCUGCUGUUGGGCUGAAUGAUUCCAUAAACAGAGCUCAACUUUAAGCACUUAGGCAGGGAAAAUCCAAAUUUAUCGACCUCAGCAGGACCAACAAGGCAGGACAAGGUGCUGAAGUCAUACUUAUUACUUAGAAGGCGAGGGCAUAUAAAAAAAUCUGAGAGAGAACACAGAAUUUCAUACAGAAGAUUACCCACACACUUCUUUUGUAAGUAGACAGCACAAGGCAGAUAAACUGUAAAAGAAACUACCAGAUCCAAUCCAUGGAUGAUGAUUUCAUUCAUGGCUGCAAUCUUAAAACAAAGCACAAGAUGAAUGAGUACUCUUCUUAUUAUA